CGCGCGCUCUCGGUUCCCUCGUUUGGGAGAAAACCGCCAUGCCGGGCUUGGAUUGGGACUUGAACUUGGAAUCGGACCUGCAGGCGACGUCCAGGCGCCUCAGCCUCUCCGACUCCCCCUCCUCCUCCGCCUCGCCGCCCCGCCGGGGCCGCCCGACCCGGAGGGGGGAGAAUCCGACUAAACGCUACGAGCGCUCGCCCCCGAGGGAGCCGCGUCUCCCGCGGAUUGAGGAGGACUCCGAGGAGCAGGCGGCGGAGACGCUCGUCCACUUCUCGCGAUACACGGCGCCUCCGUCGUCGCGGGGGGCGUCCGGUGCGCUAUGCCCGGCGCCGGGAGAGAUGCCGCCGCCGACGGCCAUUGCUCCCGUUGCGACGUCGCUGGUCCUUGCGCCUCCUGCGCCGAUGCAGUUUCAGCAGCCGCAGGAGGCGGUAGCGGCGGCGAGGAGGGAGGAAGCGUGGGCGUUCUUGAGGGAGGAGUAUCAGCGGCAGCUUCAGGCAGCGUUGCAGCUGCAGCAGCAGCAGGCGUGGACGUGGGCGGCGGCGGCGCGGUCGCAGUCGCAGCAGCUGAGGAUGUACACGGUGGAUGGGGGUCCGGCCGGGUACGAGACCAAGUGGGAGGAGCUGCAUCCGGUGUCCCAGGGGCUUCUUCUCCAAAUCGAGGACAGAAUUAGGCAGUACAGGGACGAGUGCGAGCGGUUGGGUCAGUGCAGCUGCCUUGACGACCUAUCACUGUGCAACAAGAGUUUGGAACUUAAUGCUAGUCAGAUUUCCCAGGAGGCUGGUUCUAUCUCCACCAUCAUGGACAGAGAGAAGGUUUCCAUUGAGAGCUUAACAGCUGUUGUCAAAGAAAUUAUGUGGAGCACAGAUUUUGCUAUUCGUUCAUAUGUAAAGCUGGGACCAAGGUUUGUCCAUCGAAGUGCUGGAAGUGCAAAUGCUGGUUAUGCAAUUCACUCCGGAUCUUGUGGUGCUCAUACUGAUUUCAGUCAGCUCUUGACCAUGGCACCAACCUUUCAUUGUUAUGGUGGUGCUCCAAGGAGGCCUUCUCCUUUUGUGCAAUACACAGUUGCCAGGUUUGAGGAUCAUCUUGGAGAAUGCUGCAAAUGGAUUCUAGAACUUGAACAGCUUGUUCAAAUGAAGAAUGAUAAAACAUUUGCAGAAUCCUUGGAAUCUCUGUUGAAAGUUAUGUCUAAUGUGCAUGACUAUCUCAUCCAUGUGGCUGCUAAGGUGGAAGAUAUUCACCAGUAUGUUGAAACAAUGAAGGCUCAGUAUCUAAUUGAUCAGCUACGCAGGGGUGCGAAUGAUCCUUUUCUCGAGGCAGAUAGAAGAGAGGCAGCUAUACAAGAAGCAACUGCCAGAAUAGUCCAUCCGAUGUUGCAUCUAUCACCUCCAGGCCAACGAACAACACCGGUUGCUGCACCAAUGAUGGCAAGCCAGCUACAGCAAACUGCAUUGCCCACUGUAGCAACUUCCCCAAGCUCUUGUCCAACUCUUCCACUGCCUUCUGUUUUGCCUCCAUCCAGCACACAAACAAAUCCUGCUCAAUUAACCAACUGUUUCAUUUCAUCCGGGUCUGUGUUUGUUAGGAUAAACACUGCCGGGAGGAUAGCCGAGCGGCAUUGGCUGCUAGGGGAGGAAUUAGACUAUAUAUUUGGGAGACUUAGAAUAUUAGGGGAGACAUAGAUUAAUUCUUCUUUACUUGACUACAAUCCUAAAUCAAUUCCAACUGCUAACUUAUCUCCUACCAAAUUUAUCUCUAAGCAAUCUUAAUUUAAUCCGACUCUUAACUUAUCUCCUACCAAACUUAUCUCUAAACAAACCAACUCGAAUCCUAACAUACCUAACCUAUCUCCUAAAUGCUAUCUAAUCUUUCCAAAUAACUAACUAAAAGAUAAAGUUGAUACAUUGCUACAGUAACGACCAUACCAGUGUUGCAGUCCACAGCAUUUGGUUCACCCUCCACACUUACACUAGGAUCCACGCUGGCAACAUCUUUGCAUGGGACUAGCAUCCCUUCUCCUGCUACUUCACUUUUCCCAGUACCAUCUGGAGGGAUACAUCAUAUGCUAUAUGCAACUGGAUAGAAUCAGAAAAAAAAUAGCCUGCUGAUUCAUAAGUUUCAAUCCGUUUCUUGAAGUUCAAUAUGGACCACCUUCCCAGAACCACCAGCAAACACAAGUUUAUAAACAUGGUCAAUAUCAUGUACCUUCUCAUUUUAAUUAGUAGAAAUGAGUGCAUUCUGCUGUUGAAACAUGGCGGAUAAAAUGCUACAUGCAGAUCUUUGGCAUAUUUGAUAUGAAUCUUAUAUGAAUUCAAUAAGCCUUGUAUGCUGUAGUACGGCAUGCAUUCAGCUGCAUGCAUUGAAACUGGUCAGAAUGAGAAUGCAUCGACACUUUUUUUUUCAUGCUAUUUGCAGCUUUGAGAAUCUUUGUUCGUUGUGCCUGAUUGUUAAUUUCCUUACUGACAGGAUUCAAUUUAGUCCUGACCCUUUAUAGUUACUUUCGUGUUAAUGUUUCUGAUAAUUUUUAUCCUGGUUCCUCUUAUUUGUGAGAAUUACCUGACGCUGUGGCUUUGUGUUCAUUUAGGUGGAACAACAGCUUCAAGCAUCAACAGGGUACCUACUACUGUAAUUGAACUUUGGAUUUUGCAGAGUCAGAGCUGAUAUCUCAUGCCAUCUUGUCAUGCUCAUUGCUUUUCAUUUUUCAUUUAUUUGAUGUUACUUUCCUGCGUAUGUCACAGAGAGGGAGGCCACUCAGAAGGAGCAGGCGCUAGCUGCGUAUUCGAUCCUCUUUUUGGAGAUCAUGGCUGUGCACUGCUCUCUCUUAUGGCUCGUGGGCGGCAACCAUGUGAGAUAAUCUGUGACCUGGACUGGGGAAGCUGCGAAGAAGCAUCGGCCCGGCAACCAACAACUUGGGCUGGUCAAUGUUAGCGUUGCUUUGCUUCUAGGUGUAGGAAAGUGUCGUCACAGAACUAGCGGGAAUGUGCUCCAGGUCGUUGUCUCCGAAGUAGAACAGGUUCCGGUCAUCCAACUUGCUGGGAAGCGCAACAGUGGGAGGUCCAAUUUGAUCUGUUCUCCCUGAUGGUGGGAUGCUCUGAAUUUUGCUCAUCCUCUCCCUUUUUCUGAGUACUGUGGACUGUAGUUUUGUGAUUUUUGGAGCCCUGUAUAUGCCUUGGUAUUGCUGUGAAGAUGAUGACUAUAGCAACGAUUCUGGAUAGAAAGUGCAUAUACCACAUAGAACUGUAGAAUUGACCAAGCUCUGUCAAUGUUUAGGGUUAGAAUUGACCAAGCUUUUGA